AUGGCUGGGUCUCGUAGGAGUCCUAUGUUAGACCAGUGGGGGGCCGACCCUGAUCGCAAUCCCCGUGACAUGGAUCGAGAAAGGCGCAGAGGUCGUGGUUCUCAUCGCGACAGAGGAAGACGUCGUGAAAGAGGGAACCAUCGCUCAGCUGACCAAUUUCAUUACCCACGGUCGCCAGCCCGGCAAUCCAAUUUUGAUUCAGCUUUGGAUCGAUCUCCGCCACACAGAUCUACCGACUUUCCUUCUGGGAUGUCCUCUUCCCACCGACCAGCGGACAUACGCAGUGAUUGGAAUUCAAAUUCUGCCGUGAAUAGAGACAGCUCUCGGCGAGAUGAUUCUCCAUUUGCGCCGCCACCAAAACGGAAACGAACUCGUAGCCCGUCUCCUCGCAAUCAACGUGCCCCAUUUCCUCAUCGUCGUGGAUCAUCCACUAAAUACUCAGACCAACGUGACCGAAGUCCCUCGUUUAAAAAUCGAGGUCGGUUUUCCGGCCGAGGUUCCUCUCAUCAAAAGUCUUCUCGUCGAGGACGUGACCGCCGUGGAAAAGACCGCCGUGGCACUGAUUUUCAUCGUGAUUAUGACAGGUCUCCUGAGCGAGGUCGCAGACUCCAUCAACCUCUUAACCAACACUCUCGAUCCCCCAGUAGGGAAGGAUACAGCGACAAGGAUUCGCGUUAUCGAUCUCCAUCCCGUCACUCCAUAAGAUCUGCAGACUCGAGGGUGUCUACAUACUCUUCUAGGCCAACGGUAUCUAACCAACCUGCUCAGUCCGACUUGAGCAGCUCAAAUCGACCCCAAUCACCUUUUCAACGACACCCAAGCUUCGAUGAAAACCAAGGACGUACCUUUAAUAGACCUGGGAGCAGUGGUGACCCAUUGCAUAUUCAAGGAAACACAAGCAGGCGUCGUCCUGAGCGACAGCAAGGUGAUUCGGCGCAAUAUUCAGCUUCACCUCAUAUUUCACCCAACUCCCGCAGAUCCCCUCAAGCCAGUUCUCCUUACUCAGGUGGACGAGGCAACUGGGACAAACGGUCGUCAUAUCUUGGCAACGCCCACGCGUCACCUAACUUGCAAGACAACUACCUCCCUCAAAAUUUCCCCCAGGGACAUAUCAACUCUGUCAAUGAGGCUCAAUUUGAGAUGCCUCGAAAUCGCUUUGAGCAGCUUUCGUAUCGAGAUGGUCCCUCUGGAACUCAGGCAAACUAUAUAGCCCAGAACUCAAACCGUCACUUUUCGGGCUCUGGUCCUCCUCCUGCCUUUGAAAGUACCGUCUCUCACCGUGGUGGAAGGAGGAAAUUUAGUAACUCUCAUUGGACUGAAUCUGACCGGAACCGUGACGGACAACAGAGUCCUCGUAACUCACAUUCACUUGAUUUGCAGGUAUCUCCCUCUAGGCAAAUCCCCUUAGCAGGGUAUGAACCAGACCACGUGCCAGGAAAUGAUAGCAACUUUGUACCUGCAGACCGAGCCGAAUACCACUCGUUUAAAAAUAACGAUGGUCAGUCUGAUACUCGAACCAUCCCGUCCACAAGCCGCGAAGCAAUUGCUGCUACACCUGCAGACAAAGGUGGGAAGUUCAGUUUUACUUUGAAAGCCAAGAAACCUACAACAGGUCCACCGCCUCGUAUUGUGCCUGAUAUGGGACAGCGGAUGCAGGCUCGUGAGCCGCCUCGUGUAGCUGAUCCACCCACUCCUCGAAAUCGAUUGACCAAUGGACCAAUGCCCACCUAUGUACCUCCACCGCGGUUCGACCGUCGUGAGGGAGGCCGCGGGCGAGAUCGGGGACGAGAUCGAGGGCGAGACCGGGGACGAGAACGCAGAGAUACUCGAGACCAGCGAGACUUUCGUGAUGCUAGUCGCCGAAGAGAUGACCGUCCGUUUGAGCGGCAGGGUGAUCGUGGUAGAGGGGGCAGGACCCGAGGCGACCGGGGUGAUUUCAAGCAAUAUCGCCGCAGAGGAUUCACACCCGAAUCACCAAUUGAAUUUUCGAGAGAACCUGCCCUCGAGCCAGCAAAGCAGAAGAUAAUUCGCUACAAAGCUCGCCCUACUUUGCCAGCAGAAUUUGCUAAUUCGGACUCUGUUUACUAUCGAAAGCCUGGCAAUGAAUCUGUUAUUGGCGCAGGUACAUAUGGUAAGGUGUUUAAAGGCAUCCAUGUCUACACUAGACGUGAAGUUGCCCUGAAGAAGAUCCGCAUGGAAGGCGAAAAGGAUGGGUUUCCUGUUACGGCUUUGCGAGAAAUCCAGCUUCUGCAGCACUUACGGCACCCUAAUGUGGUCAGCUUUCUGGAAGUUAUGGUGGAGAAGAACGAAUGUUUCAUGGUGUUUGAAUAUCUUUCUCAUGACUUGACUGGGUUGAUCAAUCAUCCCAACUUUACUCUUGAUGUUGCUCACAAGAAAGACCUUGCUAAGCAGUUGUUUGAAGGUCUGAAUUACCUACAUGGUCGCGGUGUCCUUCACCGCGAUAUCAAGGCUGCAAAUAUCCUGAUCAGCAACACUGGCGUGUUGAAGUUUGCCGACUUUGGCCUUGCUCGAUUCUUUUCAAAGAAGCCAACCGACUACACAAAUCGUGUCAUCACAAUCUGGUAUCGGCCUCCUGAACUCCUUCUGGGCGAGACCCAAUACGGCCCUGCUGUUGAUGUGUGGAGUGCUGCCUGUGUCUUUAUGGAAAUGUUCACUAAAAAGGCUGUUUUCCCUGGCGAGGGUGGUGAGCUCAGUCAGCUCGACAAACUAUUUGAUUCACUGGGUACGCCAACUCUGGUCGAGUGGUCGAAUUACAAGGAAAUGCCGUGGUUUGAGUUGAUGCGCCCAACCGAACGCAAGAAACGAAUCUUCGAGGACUUUUACAGACAUGUACUGAGCCCAGCGGCACUAGACAUGGUCUCGCAGGUCUUCCAGUAUGAUCCGGCCAAGCGACCCAGUGCCGAGGAUGUACUGAAACAUCCCUACUUUACGGCUGAGGAACCAGGUCCUCAGCAAGCCACCGAGUAA